CCUACACACCCACCACCAGACAGACUCGCAUUUCUCAUUUCUUACUUCUAGUCUAAAUUAGAUAGCAGGACGUAGUGUCGGAGCUCACAAGAUCGCAGAGAAUUAGUUUGAAGCAUUAGCAUUAGUUUGACAGUGAAGCCGAGAAAAGGAGAGGAAAAAAUCAACAUGGAGUCCCCUCCAGAUCCAGCGAGCGACCCGGGCAACAGCGCCUCGGAGCCGGCUACCCCGGUCAGGGAAACCCCGGUAAACCUGGAGACGCUCCGGAAAGCGGACCAUCCAGCCCCGGUUCGAAAGCAGACCUGCUCAAGCACCAACAGAGGUAUCUCGGUAACAAAGAAGACACACACUUCUCAAAUCGAAAUAAUUCCCUGCAAGAUCUGUGGAGACAAAUCAUCAGGCAUCCAUUACGGUGUGAUAACAUGUGAAGGCUGUAAGGGCUUCUUCAGGAGGAGUCAGCAGAGCAAUGCAGCGUACUCCUGCCCCCGUCAGAAAAACUGCUUGAUCGACCGCACCAGCCGCAACCGCUGCCAGCACUGCAGGCUGCAGAAGUGCCUGGCAGUGGGAAUGUCACGAGAUGCGGUGAAGUUUGGCCGCAUGUCAAAGAAGCAGCGAGACAGCCUGUAUGCUGAGGUCCAGAAGCACCGGCUGCAGCAGCAGCAGCGAGACCACCAACAGCAGCCCGGAGAGGCAGAGCCGCUCACACCUAGCUACGGCCUCUCAGCCAACGGCCUAACGGAGCUACACGAUGACCUCAGUGGCUACAUGGACGGCCACACUCCUGAUGGCAGCAAGCCCGACUCGGCGGUCAGCAGCUUCUACCUAGACAUCCAGCCGUCCCCUGACCAGUCGGGCUUAGACAUCAACGGCAUCAAGCCGGAGCCCAUCUGCGACUUUGCCCCCGGCUCUGGCUUUUUUCCCUACUGCUCCUUCACCAACGGCGAGACCUCCCCCACUGUUUCCAUGGCUGAACUAGAGCACCUCGCCCAGAACAUCUCAAAGUCACACAUGGAGACAUGUCAGUACCUGAGAGAGGAGCUGCAGCAGAUGACCUGGCAGGCUUUCCUUCAGGAAGAGGUGGAGAGCUACCAGAGCAAGCCCCGGGAAGUCAUGUGGCAGCUGUGUGCUAUCAAAAUAACAGAGGCCAUUCAGUAUGUGGUGGAGUUUGCCAAGCGCAUCGACGGCUUCAUGGAGCUGUGUCAGAACGAUCAGAUAGUGCUGCUGAAAGCAGGCUCUCUGGAAGUUGUGUUUGUCAGAAUGUGCCGUGCCUUUGACUCGCAAAACAACACAGUCUAUUUCGAUGGAAAAUAUGCCGGACCUGAUGUGUUCAAGUCAUUAGGCUGUGACGACUUGAUCAGCUCCGUCUUCGAGUUUGGGAAAAACUUGUGUUCUAUGCACCUGUCUGAGGAUGAGAUCGCCCUGUUCUCUGCUUUUGUGUUGAUGUCUGCUGUGAAAUGUAUUCCACCAGACCGAUCCUGGCUUCAGGAGAAGGUGAAAGUGGAAAAACUCCAGCAGAAGAUCCAACUGGCCCUUCAACAUGUUCUGCAGAAGAACCACAGAGAGGAUGGCAUUCUUACAAAGUUGAUAUGCAAAGUGUCGACACUGCGAGCGCUGUGCAGUAGGCAUACAGAGAAGCUCACGGCUUUCAAAGCAAUAUACCCAGACAUUGUGCGUGCCCACUUCCCCCCCUUAUAUAAGGAGCUGUUCGGAUCAGACUUUGAGCAGUCCAUGCCCGUCGAUGGGUAACGGGCGCGACCCCCUCCCCCCUCCAGGUGUCGGUGUGCCCACUGUUUGAGGGGGAGGGGAGCUGGGGGGGACGUGGAGGAGGAAUCUGAGACACUUUACUGGUGCCCUGCACAAAACCGGAGCGGACAGAUGGCACGCUGUUCAACUUUUUUUCCUCUUGUUUUUUUUUGUUUGUUUUUUGUUUUUUUGCAGUGGAGGGGGGGGAGGGCAUUGGGGAGCUGAUUGUCAAGGUUUACUAUGUUGAAUUUAAGUCUCAAAGGAAGACACAACAGAACCCUAGUGGGACAUGAAGAGGAGAUAGGAACAAAUGAUUUCUGUUUGGCUGAACUUGGCCUUCCUAUGCACUAUUUUGAAGAAGAAAAAAAAAAUUAACAGUGUUCUUUGCUUUUAUCAUGAUGUGGGAGAAAAAGUAUAAACACUUAAAAGAUGACCACAUCAGUAUUAUUUUCCAGAUUUGCACUCCUUAAACAAGUUUUAGUAUUUUCUCAAUCAAAUCUUUGUAAUGUCUAAUUUACAUAAUUAAGUUGUGUAAGAAAUGUGCACACUUUGGUCAAGUUCAGCCAUUUUUCCUCCUUUUUGUUUUUGUUUAAGAAGCAGCGCUCGAAAUGAAAACUCACAGCAACUUUCUGGGAGGUUUCCGUCGGCAUCGUGAUGCAAUCGGCGCCUCUUUAAGGACAAUCGUUUAAAAAGGAAAAAAAAAAAGAAAGAAACCUAGAAUUCUGGUAAUUCUUAUAAAAACGCAAUGAUUUUAGCUGUCAAGGACUCCAUCCACCAUUGUUGCAUAGUGAAAAUCAUGUAAGGCCAUCUGCUAUUAAUCCUUCUCUGGACAGGUGCCCUGAAGAAGCCCGGGGCACCGACGCAAUGAAAAGGCUCCAUUCCACCUGUUUUAUAAUGUACUACAGGGUAUAUGGUCAUAAGUACUUACUAUACAGAAAAAAAAUAAUGUUUAUAGAAUCUAUUUUAAAUAACAUGUAUGAUAUUAGUAGUUAGACCAUUCUUAAUUGUUGAAUUGAUAAGGCACUUUUAUUUACACCUUUGUUUAAUUUAAGACUUGUAUAUUUACCUAGUGAUGUGUUGCAUGUGCACAAGAAGUACAAGCUGAAUCAUGAACACAGAGGUUACUUUUGGGAGCUACAAAUGGUUAUUUGACCUGGAAGUGUUCGGAGGGGGUUGGUUCUGUUAGGCUGGCCAAUGCUGCUGCUGGACACCAAUCAAUGAGGCAUGGAUUAGGAGGCAAGCUAAAGACACUCCUUUAUUUUUUUUUAUGCAGCAACUACAAGUGUAUUCUCACCUAAAUAAUGUGUUCUGAAUAUUAGUUAUCGUCCUGUGAAUGCUAUUAAAUUCUGAAACCUUUUGGGCUACAGAAGUUUGCAGAUAAAUUCUAAUUUGACAGACUGCACAGAUGUUGUUUAACAAGCUAAAACUAACAUGAAUUUCUAUAUAUUUUUUGCAAUGUGGUCAAAGUGGAGAAAACACAUUGAGAUUAUAAUCCAACUGUUCCACCUAGUGGAAGGUAAAAAUAAAACAAGCAAACAUAGCAGAGGUGCACUUACUACCCUAAAAGCAUGCCUGCAGUGCAUUGCAAAAAUAAUUCGUACCCCUUGAACUUACUUUAGACAACAUUUUAUCAUGUAACAAUCCUCUGAUGCAAUUGUGAAUCUAUUUUAUGUGGUAAACCAAUACAACAUUCAAAUAAUUGUGAAGAGUGAGGAAAGUGAUGCAAGUUUCUAAACAAAGACUAAAAAGUGUGGUGUUCAGCUUCCUCAUCCCUCACCUCAAAUCUCAGUUGGAAUAGGUCUGUACUUUGACUGGACCAUUUUAUCACUUGGAAUAUGCAUUGUAUUAGAGGAAAGGAAUCCGAUGCAAAACCAUUCAGAUUAUUCUUUGUAUAAAGGUUUUAACCCUCUAUGGCAUGACUUUUAGGUUUUUUGGGGAACAAAUAUUUUCCUGCAUUCUUUGGGAGCUUAGUGGUCCCUAGUUACAUAUCAAUCAUAAAAUCGGACCCUGACGCUUUCCAGAACCAGAUUUGGGUUUGUUGCCUCAGGGCAACAUUGUGCUACAGGGGGUCUAAAACACCAAGGUUUUCUACAGUGAUUAUGAGAAAUUAAAUACAAAUCAAACAAAAACUAUAUUCAUAAAAAAAAAACUUUCUGUUGACAAAAAUAAAUCAGACAUGGUUCCAACUUACCAAAUAUAAAAUAAACAAACUUUCAUUAACGAAUGGUACAUUUAAGAAAACUACUAAAACGAGCAUUUGUGUGUUUGUACGUGUAUGUUUGGCAGAGUUAGAAUCACUAAGGAUGUUGCCAUCAGUCUUUUUCCCUAUUAUGUGUAAAACAUCAGGUAGGAAUUGCUUGCUGAUGUGAAAAAGAGUGUAUGUCACAUUUCUGGUACUUGAUUAUUGACAUACAUGUGAAUCACCAUCUGUUUAUCUGAUUAUCCAUGGGUUGUAGCGACCAGAUUCACAUCAGUGACUGGAGUUAGGACUGCAGGUUCUUUUUUAAAGAGUUUGUAAUUUUGAUUCCUUUGUAGAAUUUGAGCCAAGCAAAGGACAACAUGUCCACCAGCUCCCAUGUCUGGUAGAUUUGGUGGUGGCACGACUCGCCCUGUGUAAGUUUUAAAGUUGUAAGGAACACAAUCUGCACCAGCCAUAUGAAGUACCCUGCAGCCCCAUAUUUUUGGUUUUGGCAGAUAUUGCUUCAGUCUUUGCCUGCCUUGGAAUAGGGCCAUUUAUUCAUUAAUGACCAGCUUAUUGCCCUUUUGGACUGAAGUUAGUUUUGAGGAUAAACAAACAAUGAAAUAAUGGUGGUACAGUGGAUCCUCAUGUUUUCAUCGAGAAUGUCCCCAACUUAUGAACCAUGCACUUUUUGUCCAUGAAAUGAGCUUGCAUCCAUCUCCUGUUGCUGUUAGUCAAUAAUACAGUUAAAAAAUUGACUGUGAUAAUUAUUUUGUAAUCAACUGCAUAUCAACGCACUAGAAUAAUAUUGUCUGAACAAAAGGACCCCUACUGCGCAAUGUUGCCCUGAGGCAACAAAGAACAAAACACAGUUUUAGCAUAUAAAUUAUAUUAAAAAAAUUAUUUAAAUGACCUACAAUGCUUCUUUACAUACUCACAGACAUGAAAAUAUUUUUAGUUAGAGUUACCCAAAAUUUAGCCAUGAAGAAAAGUGAUCUGUAACUUACAAGUAGGAGGCAAGGUGUACCCUGCAUCUCUGCUCAAUAAAAAGCAGGUGACCUUCCAAGUAAAAGGUCACCUGGACCUCAAUACCUCUUUUAUUUGGACAAAAUUAUGUCUGGUGGCACUUUAAAUCACGCCCCCCAAAAAAUAAAAUAAAGGAGCAACAUGAGGUAUAGAUAUGUGGUUUGUUGCCUGCAGGCAACGCCAUGCCAUAGAGUGAUGCAAGUUUCUAAACAAAGACUAAAAAGUGUGGUGUUCAGCUUCCUCAUCCCUCACCUCAAAUCUCAGUUGGAAUAGGUCUGUACUUUGACUGGACCAUUUUAUCACUUGGAAUAUGCAUUGUAUUAGAGGAAAGGAAUCCGAUGCAAAACCAUUCAGAUUAUUCUUUGUAUAAAGGUUUUAAGGGUUCACUGCAACAUUAAUGGUCUACCACAUAAAAUGCUAAUAAAACAGAGUGACGUUUUUUACUAUAACCUGACAAAAAUAGGACAAAAACAGAGUUCAAGGGGUAUGAAGCUCAGUCAAAAGUUUUGUUUUUCAUAUAUAAAAUGAGUGACUUUUUGCCUUCUUACCAUCGCCUCAGCUUGGCAGCACCUUAACAGAACACAGAAGAAAACAGCUAAGAGAAAGUGAAUAUUCAAAGCCUUGUCUGGUCGUAAAGCUUCUAUUUUUGUAACUCGUUUUGGUUUUAACAAACCCAUGAAAGAGGGAGAGGACAAAAAAAGAUGUCAGGUAGCACUUAACUGUAUCCCUGCAAUAAUUAAGACUCGCUGUUGUUUGUACAAUUAGGAGAGGGAAGUAUAUUUUAAAAAAACAAACAAAACAGAAAAACGGUAGGACAAGUGCUAUUUUCAGAACGCUUUGUUGUUGUGCUUCUGUUUUUGUUGAGUGUGUCUUUCUUGUCAGUGUGGUGAUAAAAAAUGUAAAAAAAAAAAAAAAAAAGUUUAAAAAAAACCCUGGAUGUGCCAAACUGUAGUUGUUGCUUCCACUUUCCAGUCUACUUGCUUAAAAUGUAGAAUGGAUUCUGAAGACAUUCCAGCAAUCUUGGUAGCAACUCCUUAAAUAUCUUAAAAGAAAAGGAAAAAUAUCCCUUUAGAAAACCCAGCAAAGCGUGUUAACACAUUUGUCACUGACUGUAAAACAGGAUCAAGUUUUGUUUCUCUAGUUUUCUGUUUGUACACUAUCAUUCCUCUGCCGUGCAAUUUGCACAAGACGUUAAUGCCUUGUGCUGUCACUCCUCAGGGAAGAAUAGUUUUCUUUGUUUGUUUGUUUUUUUCUUCGCCUUUCUGUUUGAGAGGACUUUUGUUUGUAUUCAUCAUGUUUAGUUGAGUGAAUAUUGUUUGUUUGUUUCAGGGAUGUUUCCAUAAGAGGCGGUUAAAAUUAGAAUUUAAAAAUUGAUCACUGAGUUCACAUUUCAAGAUACAGUUGAAACCAGAUGUAUAUUUACACUUUGUUAAAAAGAUACAACCAUGUUUUUCUCAUUAUCUGUCGUUAUAUCAAACUAAACUGCCUGUUUUGAAAUUAUUUGCAAUUGCCCGUUUUUGUUUUCCUAAGGACCAGAAUAAUGAGAGAGACAUCCAGUGGUUUAAUUAAAUUAGAAAUCAAGUUUUUAGCCAUGACGACCAGUCUUUUAUUUUGAGAAAAGAAGGGAAGCUUAAAUGUCUCAGAACCUCAUCCCAACUGGAAAGUACAGUAGUGCCAACAUCAUGUUGUAUUUGGUGCAGGCAGGACAGCUGCACUUUAAAAAAAUAGUUUCCCUUUAUGUGGAAAUAUUAAAACAUCUCAAGACAUCAGUCUUUCAAAUGGACAAUGACUUAAAGUGUGCCACCUAAUUAGUUGCAAAGUGGCUCAAGGAUAACGGUCAACGUUUUGAGGUUGACAUCACAAAGUUCUGAUCUCAGGACUAUGAAGAUAAAAAGAUUUUGUGUGAACAAGACUGCCAGCCAACCUCACCCAGUUACUCCAGUUCUGUCAGGAGGAGUGGGCCAAAAUUCUAUUGUUAAAUGUUUUGUAAAAGGAAGGGAAAAUUACCUAAGUUUUACAUCUUCAAACCAAAUAUUAGGAAAAUGUCUUUAAAGAUUUUUCUUUAACUUCUCUUUUAUUAUCCUGACAUUGAACAAACAUAAAUACUUUUAGUAAUUCUAACCUAAUUGACCUAAAAUAGAGUCUGGUCAGACAAUGAGAGAAAAAAUGUCUUUUUAUAAGUAGUAUGUAAAUAUUUGGUUUUAACUGUAUGGAGCUUUCAGCCAAGAAAUCAAAACAAUGAUCUUUUCACUUUUACAAUCUACAGUUUUUCAGCACAAAACAUUUUUCUAUCAGAAAAGAAAAAAAAAUGUUGAUUUCAGAUGGUGUCAUCAGGGUCUUUACAAAUGAUUACCCUCUUUGUUAGAAAAACCAAAAUAUUCUUAUGCAAUACUGAAUCGGUUGUGUUUGGGUUGUAGUAGAUCUGCUGUACCUGUUCUUAUGUUUCAAUUCUCUUUGGAUAUUAUGCACAAGCCCUCUAUAUGACUAGUUAACCUCAGUCUCCGAGCAAAACAACCCCUCCCGCCCCCAGUCUGGAGCACUGCUAGACAAUCCAGGUUUGUGAAAGAUGUCUGUGGCCCCCGAUAAGAACAGCACAUAGAAAGGAUGCGGUGUGAAUGCUCAGGGAGGUGGAGUGGGAAGGCCUGAGGCGUACCUCGAUUGGCCAGGUUUUUAUCGUAGCACACUGAACUUUGCAGUUCCUACUAUGGGAUAUUUUUUUAAUUUUUUUUUUAAAGGUGAUUUGGCUGCUUUCCUUUGAAAUGAUUUGUUUUCAACACAUUUUCUAGUUGCAUAACUACCAAGUAUUUUUCUCUCACACAGCUAAGGUCUGCCACUCUCAAAGCGCAAAAAGGUGAGCCUGCUUAGUGGCUCUGUGAUGCAUUCUAUAAAAUAUUAUGAGCAAUAUGCCUUGUGUUGAAAUUACGGGUCUCUACAUUGCAGUUCUCUGCCUUUUUUAUUAAUUCUAUCCAUCCAGUAUGUUUACACUUUGUACCAAGAAGUGAUAAUAAUCCCUUCAGUUUCUUUUUCCUCUUCAGAUGUGCUUGUGUGGUUGUGAUAGGAGAAAAGAAAACAGUCAUCAAACACACUAUUACUUUGGUACAACUAUGAACUACGACUAAAAUAUUAUGUCUGUUUCAGUGGCGGUUUUUGAUAUUGGUCAUAUAAGCAGUUGCCCAGGGUGGCAUUACAAAGGGGUCGCACAACCACUAGAUAUAAAUGUAAAUGCACUGUAUUGUAUCCCAUCCCAGAGUCUCAGUUAAGUUCUUGCAUUUUAAUUGGUGGGGUUGUGGGCACCAGAGAGAGUCAAUGGCCCAGGACACCAUGAAUGCAAGAACCGCCACUGUUCCUUUUUGCUCUUUUUCCCCUCGCCCCCAAGUUUAUGUGUACUAUUUAGUCUCUGUGUAGUAUACAGUAAAAAUGUGUUGUUCCUUCUGUCUCUGCUAUGUUGUCUGUUUGUAAAAAGCAAUAGUCUCUGUAUGUGUGUGUGUGUGUGUGUGUAUGUGUUUUGUUCUGACGGUGUGUGACUAAAAUAAAAAAAAAAACCCAGACAAGGCUUUAAUAAUUACAGAGGAACAGGGUUAUGUGAAUAAGGACAUUUUGGUUUUAAUUUUAAAGAAUUUAAAUAAAGGACAAAGGUUUGGAAAUGCUGAGCUGGAUCCAUCCAUAUUAAGUAUAAGUUUUUUUUUGUUUUUAUUUUAUUUAAAAUUAAGAAGAAGCAUAACAUAACGCCUUCAGCAAUUCAGCAAUAUGCAACAAUUCUGCGGGGGUAACAAAGAGCAGUACCAGAUUUCCAAAAACAUACUUUUCCUGCUGUAUUGGUCAGGUCGGCUCAUAUUGGGGAAAAAAUCCAUUUUUAACAAAAUGCCGGAGUUUGGAGACCUCUGUGGCCGCAGAUUGUGAAAGCUGGCGUUAUGUCACGCUUAAAAGCUGCCAGCAUGUGCUGUAGCCCAGAAUUUUUAAUCUGUCAUUGCAUUUUUAUCAAACUCAUCUUCCAAAGCACAGGUGAUAGGAAUUUUAAGCUUAAAAUUACGUUUAAGGACAAUAGUUUAAAAAGCAAAAAAAAAGAAAAAAGAAAAGGCGCAACCUUUAGCCAUAAUUGAAUGUCAAGCAAUAAUAUAUGUUGGUGUAUUAUUUCUCAUUCUUUUGUGCAUCUGCAUGUAAAUACACCCUCUUAUUUAUCACAAUCCUUUUUUUCUUUUUCUUUUUUUUGUGUGUCGAUUUUUGUGGACGUCUCAUCUGUAUAUUUGACCGGUUCGGUUCCCAGGUGGAGAACGUAGAACUUGACAUGGCCUGUAUUACUGUACGUGUUCCUUUUCUCACUCGCUCCCUCAUUCUUGGCUGUUUUUAUUCAUCAUAUUUAAUAUUAUUAUUCUUAUGGAUCACAUGUAUAAAGGUAGCUUUGUAACUUCUGUCUGUAUAGGUAAGAGGAAAAUACUGCUACUAAGGCCUACCCAGUGAAAAUAUUUAUCUGUUUAUCGAUUGCAUCAUAUUGUACGAUGAAGCUGUUUCUACUUUGCUUCCCUCCUUUAGGAUUAGUUUGAUAGAGAUAGGGGUGUGCUGACAUUUAUUUUGUGUUGCCCUAACGUGUGGUGCUAGGUAAGUUAAUUUUGUGAACCAAGUAUUGAUUCCUAAGCCUGGCCACCCUAUUAGUUCAAUAAUUUUAUUGCCUAUUAAUGUAUUAUUGAUAUUAGGACUCAAUGAAUUAUAAUGAUGAUAAUAAAAAUGAUAGUGGUAAAAGAGAAAAAGAAGUACCCAGACAGUACCUGUAUCAGUGUGCUAGCUCUGGGAUAUUGCACUUAUUUCCUUCUGGCUUAUAGCAAAACUAGAAUCUGCUCAUUUUAAAAACUAUUUAAGGUCGCUUUUCUGGAUUUUUGUGGAGAAAUCCUGAUUUUCAAACUGAAACAGCAGUAUUUUUUUCCUUUCUCUUUCCCUAUUGUAAGAAAAACCACUCACUGAGGCUGUAGCUCGUCAGGUCUUUAAGAAGUUAACUAUUUUACCUCGUGUGUCUGCAUCGUCCCUUACUUGACGUGGGAUCGUGGUGCUCGGGUUUCUGUAUGUUUCAAUGGCCCUGAAAGGGUAAUCAGACCAGUGACAUAUAUUUUUUUUAUUAUUAUUAUUACUGCUUCACAUAAAGUGUUUAAAAAACUGACAAGAAAGGAUUUGCCAACUGAUGACAAAGUCGACUUUUUUCCUCUUCUCUGUAGCAAAAUCAUUAAGAAAAUGCUCGCAAUAAUAAGCAAAGUAUCACACUGAGUGCCUCUCGGUGUAACGAAAUGCAUACAUGGUUUUGAUUGUCCUUUUUUAUUUUCCAAACGUGUACUGAUGUGACAAUGUAUUUUUUACAUAACGAGAAAAUCUCACCCUCACUUGCUUAAAAAUGUUCUUUUUUUCUUCAUGUGUUUUGACAUGUUUUGGUGCAUUAUGUUGAAAGGGUUUUAUGAAUAGAUGUCAUCCCUCUCACCUUGAUUUCAGAAGGUCCUGGAAGUUUGUUUUUAUAUUGAUCUCAAAUGGUCAAUUAAAGCUUGCAGAUAAGUUAUUACCUGAAAUGAUCCCUUGCACAUUUUUUUUUUCUUUGAUUUUUUUUUUUUUUUUUUGUAAUAAUUUGACAUUUCUACAUUUUCUGCUUGUGGUGUAAUCUUUUUUCAUCACUGCAAACAGAAGAUUUGCUAAUACAUUGUAAAUUCUGUAUUAGUAAGUGUUUGUAAAACAAGCGUACAGCACAUCUGGUUCCUUUUAAUGUUCUAUGUUCAUUGUGAGCUGAGUUGGUUUGGGUUAAAUCUACACAUGAAGGUUGGGUGGAGCGGGGCUCGAUGCUUCUUUUCAUUGCAAAGCAAUUAAAAAAAACAAAAACAUUGAAAAGGCCCAAACUAGUUUGUGUUUGACACAGAUUUCUAAGUCACACAUUUGCUACUGAUCUUAAAUGGCGACAGUUGAUCAUGAACCUUUUUAUCCAGCUCUUUUGAACUCUCUUUAGCAGGUAGUCUAAUUCACAAAUGUAGUUUUGCUCCUUCUUGUCUGAUUCUUAAAUAUGAAAAUAAGUAUUUUGAUUCAUUUUGUAAAUACAUCUGUAAAGAAGAAUAAGAAAUUUAAUGUUGUCUUUUAAAUACUUUUCAUUCUAAUAUGAAUGUUGUUAUAUUGUACUUAGAAACUGUACCUUUAAUAUUACCUUUAUUAAAAGUGCAUUGGACACAUCGAUUUUAGAUGUGCUUUAUGUGCUGUUAUCCCAUAAUAAAAUUUACCGCUUGUAA